AUGACGAGGGUGGUGGCGCUGCAGAAGAAACGCCCUUUGCUACACAUCAAAAUAGAGGAGAUACAAGAACCAGGCGCACAACCACAGGACGAAGAUGAAGAGGAUCCUUACGGCGAGGAGGAUGGCGACAUGGACGAGGAGGAAGAAGGCUGGCUUUCUGACGGAAUAGGCGAGGAGGAGGGAGAUGAGGACGACUGGGAACUAGAAGGGGAGGAACUAGAGGAGGAAGACGAGGAGGAAGACGAGGAGGAAGACGAGGAGGAAGUAGAGGAGGGAAGAUGACGAAGGUUUCGAGGACGAUAAAGAAGAUCCA